AUGCAAUAUUACAUUCUGACUCAAAACAAUAGAUUUUCAGGUACCGAGUACCAGGUACCGGUACCGGUACCGGAUACCGCGUACAGUUACGGUGUCAUGGAAUUCGACAAAACAACAACAACAACAAAGAACAAAACAUGGAAAUUGUUACAAAAAGCAACAAUCGAUGAAAUAUGGUCGCACGAAUGGGGUACGGAAACAAAAUGUAACAAAAUUUAUCCAUCAAUAGCAAGUUGUUUGAUACCGCCGACGUACAAACGAGACGAAGUACCCAUUAAAAUAUCACUCGUCGAUAAGGAUUGUAAAAGUGAUGGUAAAACACACGUGAGAGUUACCAACAAACAACAAACAAAGGAAGAAAAAGGAAAAAAAAAUUUUAUUAUAUGCGUUAAACCGUUAGAUUUAAAAAAUGGUUUAACGAUACAAACAAUUCGACAAUGGAUAAAAAUAAAUUUUAAAUUGGGAGCUGAUAAAAUUAUUUUUUACGCUGAUAACGUAAACGCCGACGAUUUAAACGUUAUCAAAUCGAAUUAUACACUGAUAAGAAAAUUCACUACGGAAAAAUUUUCCGAUUGUUCAUCUUAUGCCGAAUCCCUUUGGUACAAACGGAAAAUGGAAAUUAUUACGUACAACGAUUGUUUUUAUAGUCAUUUGUAUGAGACGAAUUUCGUUAUACCUUUGGACGUGGACGAAGUCAUAGUACCGAAAAAAGGAAAUAAUUGGCGGGAAGGUUUUUUAAAUUAUUUUAAUAAAACCGGAAAUGAAACGUUAAAUUUUCAUAUUCUCAAAAAUUACGCAUCUUUUUCCGUUCGAAACGCUUAUUUUUUUUCAAAAUAUCCUAAAAAUUCUAUUGGAAAAAAAAAAAAAAAAUGGCGUCGGAAAAUAUCCGGUGAUGUUAAUUUGAACGACACGAUAUUUGACAGGACCGUAAGGAGUUAUCACUUGAGUCCGAUAUCGGAUUCUGUUAAAAGUUUCAUUUACGUACCCAAUACAUUAUCAGUUUUUAAUCAUUAUUCUUAUCAUGUUUUCGAUCACGUGACAAGACAAUAUUUUUUCCCGAAAAAUAUUUUCCAAUUGAAUCAUUAUAGAAAUUUUUGCGAUCCUAUAUUGAUCGAUAAUUGUCAACAAUUUUUAAAUCCCGUCGUUUACGAUGAUACUUUGAAAAAAUUAAUUAAACUAUAA